AUGGCGCACGGUGUACACCUUGAAAUUGGUGCGUUAAAACAACUGGAAGAACUAAACCUUUCCAAGAAUCACCUUAAACGUCUGCCAAUUCAACUAAGCGAGUGUCAACGGCUACACGAACUCAAUCUCAGUGAUAAUGUCAAUAUCUGGCAUAUACCCGAACGAAUCUCUUACUUGCCGUCCCUACAAUCACUCUCAGCAGAUCGUUGCGCGCUCAUUUAUCUUCCGGUUGCGCUCUCCAAGUUUCUCAACCAUGUGCGCAUCUUUCACAACACUUCCAUUACACAUGUGCCUAUGAUUUACGAAAAGUUCUUCCAAACUUUCUAUGAUAAUCGUUCGAAAGCAACACCAAUGUCGGUGUCGCACGAUAGUUUCUUCUGGGUGUUAGAGAAAGAAACCAAUACCAGUUUAUUGCUACCUUUUGGAACCCGUCGUAUCUUUAGCGUACCAUCGCUGGACAACCAAGUAACGCUGUACGAUGACUGUAUUCGAGCGGUUCAAUAUCUGGGACGCUUUAUGCCCUUGUGGGAGAAUGUGGCGCUGAAGCAAAUGCUACCUGAAAAGUACAUUUAUGAUCAUAUAGUCAAUGGACCCACCGCUCGUUGUACGAUGUUCAAUUGCUCUAAUCCGCUGUAUACUACUUACUACUUUAUGGCUGUGAAAAGACGUGGUAGUACAUCGAAGCAAAUUUUUACCUGUUACUUUUGCUCAAAUCACUGUGCGAACUUAUGGCUGAUGGACAACGGGAAAAAGUAUUAUCAGCUGGACUGGGAGGUUUGUGAUCUUUAAAGCGUCUUAGUAAAAAAUAGAAGUCUAUGUAAAUAUUAAUUAAGGGAAAUAAAUUUAAGUAAACACAAUAAAUGUAUACAACAUUUCUCGUC